AUGUUCACACCGGAACAACUUCAAAAAGUAUGGAUGCAAUUGGCGUUACAAGGGAUGGGCGCCAAUUUAGCCGGUUUACAAGCGCUACAAGCCGCUGCUACAAGUGCAGCACCGGGAUUAUUUCCACAAAUUCCCACAGCCGCUAUUCCUGUACUAAAUCCUAGUUCACCUACCACAUCAAAUCUUACUGCUGAGCAGAUUAUCCAAACCUGCGAUCAAUUGGAAAAAGCUGACGAUGUGGAUCGUUUGGCAAGAUUCCUGUACAGUUUACCUCCCAGUUUAGCACAAGAGGUCGUCUCUAAUGAGGUUGUACUAAAGGCUCGUGCUUUGGUCUGUUUCCAUAUGGGCGAUUUUCGACAACUGUACAGUAUCCUGGAGAAUCAUAAAUUCACUCAAGGAAGUCAUCAAAAAAUGCAAUAUAUGUGGCAAGAAGCUCAUUAUCGUGAAGCGGAGAAGCAACGCGGCAGACCUCUUGGUCCAGUGGAUAAAUACCGUGUUCGUAAGAAGUAUCCGAUGCCAAGAACGAUAUGGGACGGUGAACAGAAAACGCAUUGUUUUAAGGAACGAACCAGAUCACUGUUAAGAGAGUGGUAUCUCAAGGAUCCGUAUCCGAAUCCGAGUAAAAAGAAGGAACUAGCCAAUGCCACUGGUCUAACCGCUAUGCAAGUUGGAAACUGGUUCAAAAAUCGUCGGCAGAGAGAUCGUGCGGCAGCGGCGAAGAACAAACAAAAUGUGAUCGGUGUCGAACUGAAAAAGACCUGUGGAUCGGACGGAUCGGAUAGUGAGGAUGAAAAUGAGUUCGAUGAUAGUAUGACCGAUUCACCGUCGCCAAUUGACGAACCGAAGGACUUGUCGCUACGACCGUCGUUCAACACGGAUCGUCUUCUGGAACCGCCGCCGUUCCCCAUGAAUCCGGCGCUAUUCCUCUUCAAUCCAGCAUUUCUUCAGAUGCAACAGCAGUUGGCCGCCUCACAAUUCUCCAAUUUACCUCUGCCGGUGAAUCGUUCCCCAACGACACCACCGCCAUCGCAUCCGCCACAAAAACGUAACAAACUCUCUAUAGAUGAGAUUCUUGACCUUAAACCAGAUGUUAGACAAUGUACAUCACCUCAUUCCUUGUCACCAACAUCGUCCAGCUCCAAUAAGGAGAUGUCCGCCUCACCUGAAGUGAAACCUCCUCCUCCUCCUUCGCUUCCUACACGAGAAGCGGCUCCUGCUCCGAAUGCAGAACCACCGCAAUUAGUUGCCUAG